AUGGACGAUCUUAAAGAAGGACUUCUGAGCAAAAAGAAGCCAAAAGAAAAGUCUCUUCGCUACAUCCAGCUUGAUGGAGAAACAAAGGUUAGGCUAGGUUAGGCCAUUUAAAGUCAGGCGUUAGCCAUAUUGGUGACUCAUUCAUCAAAUACCUCCCAUAAUAAAGGUUCUGCCGCUUUUCGACUCCAGCUCAGAGGUUCUUUGUCCCGAAAACGGUUGCCACUUCGCAUCUUCUGUCUCCUCCUUGCCAUGGGUCUUAUUCUUGAGGGGCGGCUUAUAGAUUUCUGCGGCCCUGCUACGGGCGAUUGGGGUACUUGACUCCAAGUAUUAGCUCCUUUGAAUCUAUCGGGUUUCGAAGUAUCUUCCUUUGACAACUGCAGGCAAAAGACUAUUCCAUUUUGGCCUAGGGCGACCAGUUUCUCGGUCAAGGAAUGCCCAUGGACCUCGAAUCCAAAGAACGUUGCAAGCCUCCAUUUCGAACCUCAAGAAGACAGCCAACACCUAUCUGAAUACACAUUACUGAAGGCUGCACUUGAUUCUCGACUCGGACUCCAUCCCAGUUUGCCAUGGCCAUAAGAUCUGGACCGUUGCACCAAGAGUGAAGGCUGACAUGUGCCGCCAUUUUAAUCUAUACAUCGUAGAAACAAAAAACCCCGCAAAUUUCCUCCAAAUUCUUUAAAAAAUACCAAAUACAACCUUCUAACAAUAGUUCCAGUAGUUCUGUAUCAGCAAUUCAAGUAUUUCUUCAACCUUUUCUAUUUAAUGAUUACCGUAUCCCAAUUCUUUCCUCCAUUACAAGUAGGUUUCCUUUUCACGUACAUAGCUCCUUUAGCUUUCGUUUUAUGUAUUACAAUCAUAAAAGAAGCUUACGAUGACAUAGUGAGAUGAAAAAGAGACCAGGAAAUAAACAACCAAAUUUUCACAAGAAUUACAAAAGAAGGCAGAAUUGACGUAAAAGCACAAGAUAUUAAGGUUGGGCAUUUAAUUGAAAUUAAAGCCAAUGAAAGGAUCCCUGCUGAUAUGGUAUUGAUCUAUACAAGUGAAGUCUCUGGCACUGUUUUUAUUAGAACUGACCAAUUGGAUGGGGAAACCGAUUGAAAACUAAGAAAAGCUAUUGCAUAUACACAAAACGCACCCAAAGAGCAAUUUUGUAAAAUGAGGGCUUCAGUUACUGCAGAAACUCCUCAUAAAAACAUUUAUGCAUUUACAGGCGUGUUCACAGCAGAGCUGGAGAAUGGAGGCGAGUAUAAUGAGCCUCUAAGUUUGGAGCAUACGCUUUGGUCAAGCACAGUGCUUACUUGUGGAACUGCUAUUGGAAUUGUAGUUUAUACUGGGAAAGAGACUCGAAGUGUCAUGAAUUCCAAUAUUCCUUCACUAAAAUUUGGAAUCUGUGAUGACGAGCUGAAUUUUUUAUCAAAAUUGUUAUUUGGAUUGAUGGUUGUGAUUUCUAUUGUGAUGGUCAUUAUGUCAGGGAUCACCUCAACCUUUUAUCUUCUUUUCUUUAGAUAUUUGUUAUUAUUAUCGUCAAUUAUCCCUAUCAGCUUAAGAGUGAAUUUAGAUAUGGCAAAAAUAUUAUACUGCUAUUUAAUACCUAGGGAUACUGAUAUUCCUAACACAAUAGCAAGAAAUUCAAAUAUCCCUGAAGAGUUGGGAAGAAUCCAAUACAUUUUAAGUGAUAAAACCGGGACUUUGACAAGAAAUGAAAUGAGUCUGAAAAAGAUCAGCAUUGUUGAUGGAAGAUAUGCAGUAGAAGACAAAUUUUCAAUGGAAGAAUUUAAAUUCUUAAAAACUCUGACAAGUCUUGAAAACAAAUACAAAUAUGAUAGAGCAGAAAAUAUCAAGAAGAUGGUCAAAGCUUUAGCUCUAUGCCACAAUGUAAGUCCUGUGACUGAGGCUGGGGAAACUAUUUAUCAAGCCAGCUCUCCUGAUGAAAUAGCUUUAGUCAAGUUUGCGAAAGAUUCUGGGCUAAAUUUAUCUUUAAGAGGCCAAGACUAUAUUCAGCUAACCUUAUCAAAAGGUGUUACAGAGAGAUACUCAAUCCUCAGGAUCUUUCCUUUUUCUUCUGCAAGAAAACGUAUGGGGAUUCUUUUACAGCACCCUAGCUCAACAGAUGUUCUUUUUUAUCUAAAAGGUGCUGAGGACAUCAUGAAGACAAAAAUUUCUCAAAAAGACGCUGUCAGAGUCCUUGAAGAAUGCGAAAACUUAGCAAGAGAAGGCUUAAGAACCCUAAUAAUCGCCCAAAAAAUCCUGACCUUAAAUGAGUACAAAGAAUGGGAAAAAGAAUUCAAAAAAGUAAGCCUGUGCAUAGAAAACAGAGAAGAAAAAGAAAGAGAAGUCAUUGACAAAUUAGAAGUCAACAUGGAAGCUUUAGGUGUUACUGGCGUUGAAGACAAGCUACAAGAAAAUGUUGCUGAUACAAUUGAGAGCUUAAGAGAUGCAGGAAUCAAAGUUUGGAUUUUAACUGGAGACAAAGUAGAAACUGCAGAGUGCAUCGCAAUUUCUACCAAAUUAAAAUCACGUGAAGAAGACUACUUUGAAAUGAUUAACCUACCGAAAGAACAAAUUUUAGGAAAACUUGAUGAGUUUGCGAAAGCGAACACCAAAAUAAUGCCUAGCGACAGGUCAAAAGUCUUAGUUAUUGAUGGAUCUACGCUGAAUAUAGUGCUGUCAGAAUUUAGAAAAGAAUUUAUUGAGUCUGCCUGUCUUGCUCCUUCAGUUGUGUGCUGUAGAGUUGCACCAACACAGAAAGCACAGAUUGUAGAAGCACUUAAGGAGUUCACUGAUAAACGAAUUUGCUCAAUUGGGGACGGAGGAAAUGAUGUUGGCAUGAUACAAUCAGCUCACAUUGGAAUCGGAAUUGAAGGCAAAGAAGGCAAGCAAGCUUCACUAGCAGCAGAUUUUUCAAUAUCAAGAUUUAACUCUUUAUCCAGAUUAGUGCUAUGGCAUGGAAGACUUUCUUAUAAGCGCACAGCGAAAUUAAGCUAUUUUGUUUUCCACAGAGGACUUAUUAUUUCCUUUAUCCAAGCUUUAUUUACAUGCAUAUUUUUCUUCUCUGCAAUUCCAAUUUACAACGGGAUGCUAAUGCUUGGCUAUACCACAAUUUAUACAAUGCUGCCUGUGUUUUCUUUAGUUUUGGAUGAAGAUGCUGAUAUUCACUCAAUCAUGAGAUAUCCAGUGCUAUAUGAAUCUUUGCAGACGAGGAAACUGAUGAGAUUUACUUCAUUUUGUGUGUGCAUUUUCAAAAGCUUUUAUCAAGGUUCAGUUAUCAUUAUCAUGACUUUAGUUUUGUUCCCUGAUAACAGUUUCUUUAACAUAGUUGUUAUUACAUUUUCUGCAUUAAUUUUGACUGAGCUAUUAAACGUAAUGACAGAAAUCGACAAGUUCCACUGGGCUAUGGGCGUAUCUGAGGUUGUAACACUUAUCCUUUAUACUUCGAGCAUGCUAGCUUUGAAAUCAUAUUUUGAUUUAUAUUAUUUAUUUUCUGGAGAAUUCGUAUGGAAAGUAGUGAUUAUUACACUUAUUUCAUGGGCUCCACUGCAUUUAGCAAGCUUUUUAAUGGAAAAAAUUUCACCAGCAGACCACAAGAAAGUCCAAUAA